AUGAGGAGCCCGCGGGAGUUAGCCGACCAGUCCAAGUAUUGUCGCUUCCAUCGGCAAAACGGACACGAUACUGACGAAUGCUGCGAGCUGUCACGGCAGAUCUACGAGCUCGGCCGCAGAGGACACCUCAGUCAGUACGCUCAACAGGGUAGGGAUCCGUCACCCCACCCGGAUGGACCCGUUGAGCGCCUCAUUAACGUCAUCUCAGGCGGCCCGGCGUCCGACAGGAUCAGCAUGUCCGGAAGGAAGGCGUACGCCCGCUCGGCCAAGGACGACACUCCCCGAGGCGGCCCCGACCCUCGGGUCGCAUUUCCCCCCGAGGGUGCUGAGCGACAGGAGCACGAUGACGCGCUCGUAAUAAUGGCUAGAAUCGCCAACGUGGAGCUCGGCUGA